CCAAAAUUAUAUGAGGUGAGAUAAAAUUAAAUUACCAAAAAGUGUAGAGAUUGAAAAACACCAAAACAAAAACAAAAAAGAGGCCAAUGAGAGUUGACUGGUGAGGUUGACACAGUGCCACUUAGAUGAUGAGACUUUCAUCUUCACUUCCUUCCUCUCUCACCUACCACAACCUACUUCUUCCAUUCCAACCCUUCUCAUUGAAAAUAUAAAAUAAGAAAAUAAGGUUUCUUUGUUCUGUAUUUCCAUGAUAAGGUAAGGCUAUAGCUACCAAUACCAUAAAAGAUCAUAACAAAGGGAUAACCUUAUCUACAAAAUUCCAAUCAUAUGGAUGAGCAGCAGCCACCCCCACCAGAUGGAAGUGGAUCUUCUUCAUCAAAGAUAAAGACAGAGGAUUUGGAUGUUCCUCUUCAGGCCAUUGGUUUUGAGUUCCAACAAGUCUCUUCAACUAAAGUCUCUGGUUUCCUUCCUAUCACCCUCAAGUGUUGCCAGCCAUUCAAGGUGUUACAUGGAGGGGUGUCAGCUUUGAUAGCUGAAUCACUGGCUAGCAUGGGAGCUCACAUGGCUUCUGGUUACAAAAGGGUAGCUGGAAUUCAACUCAGUAUCAACCACUUGAAGAGUGCUCACUUGGGAGAACUUGUUCUGGCUGAAGCCACUCCCAUCUCUGUUGGUAAAACAGUUCAGGUGUGGGAAGUGAAACUAUGGAAAACUGAUCCUUCAAACACAAAGGAGAAGAAAUCUUUGGUAGCAUCAUCUAGGGUAACCCUUUUAUCUAACCUGCCAGUACCAGAGAAUGCUAAAGAAGCAGGAGAUGCUCUCAUGAAGUAUGCAAAGUUAUGAAUAAUAGUACAACAGUCAAAAUAAUUAUAUACUGAUACAAACAAACAAAAUUUCAAAGCUGUGAAUCAGGCUUAGCAUCAGACAUUUUUUGUGCUAAUUUUCUUCUAUACAUUUAGUCAGAAAUCUGAUAUGUGUAAUUUUUAAUUUAUAUGCUUCUAAUUCAAAUAAAUGAAGGAGCACAUUUCAUUCUUAAGACAUAUAAGAUCGUAUUUCUGUAAGUACAUACUGAGAUACACUCAAUCCUAUACUAAUUGAGUGAGUAAUAAAACUCUGAUGAUUAUUUUUUU